AUGAGGCCAUCAACUCAGCUGUUGGCCCUGGUGCCGGCUGUUUUGCUCGUGCCGGCCCAUGGCUCGCCGCCUCUCGUGAAGAGACAGGGCACCGCUGGAAAUUUGGUAGACGACCAAGCCCUGCAGGACGCCGUCACAAUCGAGGGCCUCCUUGGUCACGCCCAAGACCUCGAAGACAUUGCGUACGCGACGGAGGGUCGUAACCGCGUUGUCGGCAGCGAGGGACACAACAACACCGUCAAGUACUUGGUCGAGCAGCUCGAGGCGCUCGGUGGAUAUUACGAUGUCGAGCUUGACCCCUUCCAAUACACGCUGCAGAAGGGAGUGUCCAACUUCUCGGUCAACGGCGCCACCUACAGCUCUGCUGGCCUUGAAUACUCGCCCGAGAUCAGUAUAGAGGGUGUCCCUCUUGUCCCAGUGGCGAACCUGGGGUGUAGCGCAGAAGACUUCCCAGCUGAAGUAUCGGGUGCCGUUGCUCUUAUCUCAAGAGGCACCUGCACUUUUGCCGACAAGUCCUACUUUGCCGGUCAGUCCGGGGCCGUGGCGGCGGUCAUUUACAACAAUUUGCCAGGACUUUUUGACUCCGGGACGCUUGGUGGAGAGAACGCCUCGUUCGUCGCGACUGCGGCGGUGUCACAAGAGGAUGGCCUUGCCCUGGUUGCGUCGUACAGCAACACCACUCUGGCCAGUGACCUAGAUAUUGUCACUGUCUUCAGCACAGUCUACAGCAACAACGUGAUCGCCACUACUGCCCAUACCAACUCCUCGGAUAUCCUCUUUCUCGGCGCACACUCCGACUCGGUCGCAGCUGGUCCUGGCAUCAAUGACAACGGUAGUGGGUCCUCAGGCAUCCUUGAGGUGGCCAUCCAGCUGGCAAAGGGAGGAUGGAGCACCAUUCCUGCCGUCCGCUUUGGCUGGUGGACUGCCGAGGAGGAAGGCCUCCUCGGAGCAGAGUCAUAUGUCACCAAGACAUCUGCCGCCGAGCUUUCCCGCAUCAGGCUGUAUCUCAACUUCGACAUGAUCGCUUCGCCCAACUUCAAGCUCGGGAUUUACGACGGAGACGGCAGCGAGUUCGGGCUCUCCGGCCCGGCUGGCUCUGACCUUACCGAGGCACUGUUUGAAGAUUGGUUCGACAGCAUUGGCCAGAAUCACUCUGCUUCCGAGUUCAACGGCCGUAGUGACUACGGGCCCUUCCUGGAUGUUGGUAUCCCCUCUGGAGGACUGGACACCGGGGCAGAUGACAUCAAGACCGAGGAGGACGUUGAGAAGUUUGGCGGGGUCGUCGGGGCCCAGGCCGAUCCUAACUACCACUCGGCCGCGGACAAUGUCACCAACCUCUCGCUGGAGGCCUUUGAGAUUAUGGGCAAGGGUAUCGCACACGCAGUGGCGUUUUACGGUGCCAAUGGCUUCGCGGGAUACCCGGAGAGGAACUCCACAGCCAGCUUGAAGAGCCGGGGCUCGGUCGAGAGCAAGCCUAGACAGACGGAUCUGCACCCACGCCGUCUCCCUCCGGGUUUGUUCGGCCCCAACGUUCUGGUUCAAAAGAUACCCACUGGAAACCCGAGGAUCUUUCGGUUCGGUCGCUGGGGAGCGCAGCCUCACUCGCUGCUGCUUUACAGAUCAAACGGGCAGGCCCUGUUGCCCGCAAACCACCGCCAUACUUUGGUCGACAAGCCCGGCACCAAGACAAAACCAAUGCUGAGCUGGGUGCAGAUCGUGGCCACCCCCACGGCUGACACGCCGGGGGCGUGCGUGCUUCUUCACUUCGACAACCGCCGAUAUAUAUUCGGCCACAUCUGCGAGGGCACGCAGCGCAUAAUGAACCAGCGGAAAAUCGGGGUUAGCAAGCUGGACGAGCUGUUCAUCACCGGGCCCGUGUCCUGGGGCAACGCCGGUGGUCUGUUGGGCAUGAUCCUUACUAUUGCCGACGUCAUCGCCCUACGAGCGGCACCGGAAGACAGUAAAAAGAAAAUGAAGAAGAAGAAGGACCAAGGGCUGUCCUUGAUCCCGAGUCUGAAGAUAUACGCCGCCGAAAACAUCACACAGGUCCUCGCUACCGCACGAAGAUUCAUCUUCCGAAAAGGCUUGCCGCUCGAGGUCCAUGAGUUAAACCAUAAGCCGGCGCAAGAAACCCCCGGGCAAAGAGCACCGGACUUCGAGGACGCCAAUGUCAGGGUCUGGUCUGUCUCGGUGAAGCCAGAAGGUCAGCCCAAGUCUCAGGGUCGUAAGAGAAGCCACGACGACAUGCUCGCCCAAGAGGACGGCCGGCCGAGCAAGCAAAACCUAGAUGAAAACCAGCUGGAGGAGAAUCGCAAGAUCGUCCAGUCUGUCGUCGGCCACAUGUUCGAGUCAGAUUGGCAACUGGACGCCCUCGUGGGGACAACGUUGCACAAGGUGAAGCUUCCGGCCAAAAUAUUCGUCAAGGGUCCGGACGGCAAGAUCACCAACUACGAUGGGCCCAUGCCGGGAGAUGAUGGCUCCGUUCCAGACAUCCCGGUGUUCACGCGCACUCCAUGGCCGGCAACCAAGAUAACACAGUUACCUCCUACAUCACCUUCGAAACAGUCCUUGUCAUACAUUGUCCUGCAGCAACCUCGAAGGGGAAAAUUCAAACUCCAGGAAGCACUCAGACUCGGAGUAGCCAAGCCUGACUUCAGCAAGCUUACUGCCGGCGAGACGGUCAAGGGCGCUGGUGGAGUGGAUGUGACUCCGGAGAUGUGCAUCGAGCCCACAAUUGAAGGUCGCGGCUUUGCCGUGAUCGAUCUCCCUGACCUGUCCUACGUAGAGCCGUUCUUGGCCCGGCCCGAGUGGACCACCGAGUCGCUCGUCAAGAAUGUCGAUAUUAUGUAUUGGAUGUUGGGACCAAAUGUCGCCCAGGACCAACGGAUACGAGACUACAUGAAGGCCCAUCAGGCAGUCAGACAUAACGUCUUUGCACCAGGUAUCAGUCCCAAUUACAUCUCCAUGGAGGGUGCGGCGGGCAACUCGAUCAAGUCUCACCAGAUCGACCCCGAUAGAUUUCCCUUGCCCGUCUACAGCAACGAGAGCAAGGCUGAAGCGUCAGAGGUCUUUGUGACGGCAAGCCCAGGCGCCAAGGUGCAACUGGCCCCACGUCUAGUAUUCCAAGACGAGGAAUCAUUCCCCCCAAUGGACACAUUGAGUGUCGCUAGCGACAUGGACAAAGAGGUCCAGAAGCUAGCAGAUGAAGCGAAAACAACACUUUCCGAUACCAAAUUCCUAGAGGAGAUCGAGGAAUCCGAGAAGGACAUUCCAAACCGCGACACCGAGAUCAUCCCACUCGGUACGGGAUCUGCACUGCCAUCCAAGUACCGCAACGUCUCCGCGACCUUGAUCCGGGUGCCUGGCUACGGCAGUUACUUGUUCGACUGUGGUGAGAAUACCCUCGGCCAGCUUCGCCGCAUGUACGGCUACGACGGCGCGGACGAGAUCCUCCGCGACCUCAAGGCCAUCUGGAUCAGCCACCUGCACGCAGACCACCACCUUGGUACGGCCAGUUUCAUCAAGGCCUGGAACGAAGCCACCAGCGGAACGCGCAUCGCUGUUGCGUCCCACGUGAAUAUGCUCGAUUGGCUGCGCGAGUAUGCCUACAUCGAGGACUUCGGCUUCGAUCGUCUGUGCCUGGUGGAGAUCAAAGGCCGCCCCAAGGCAGAAUCCAAGCAGGAGCCCUGGAUCUGUACCCCGGGUAUCACGCGUGAGUUCGGCAUUACGCGCAUCGAUGCUGCGCGCGUCGAACAUUGCCACGGCGCGUUGGCUUGUGUGUUCACAUGGCCGUCAGGGCUGAGGAUCGCGUACAGCGGCGACUGCCGGCCGUCAUCGGUAUUUGCCGAGAUCGCGAGGGACUGCACCCUACUUAUCCACGAGUCGACAUUGGACGACGAGCUGGUGGAUGACGCGCUGUCCAAGAAACACUGUACCAUGAGCGAGGCGCUCGGCGUGGCGAAGGACAUGAGGGCCAGGAGGGUGCUACUGACGCAUUUCUCGCAGAGGUACCCCAAGAUCGCAAACACAUCGGGAGGUGGCGAAGGCGCCCCUGUGAAAGACCAGGUUGUCCUCUUGGCUUUUGACCAAAUGUGCGUCAAGCUGGGGGAUUUUAAGAAGGCUGCGCUGUUCCUGCCCGCGUUGAGGAAGUUGUACGAGGAGGAUGGAGACGACGAGCCUCCAAAGCUUGAUUAA